AUGGGUUCAUUCACUCUACCCUCUACGGAUGGUCGCAUUGUUUCUGUACUUGGUGGAGGAGUCCUCGGACGCCGUAUUGCCUGCGGCUGGGCUGCAAGCGGAUACGAUGUUGUUAUUCGCGAUCCAAGUCGUGAACAGAGGGUAGCAGCUUUGGAAUACUGCAACACCAGUAUGCCAGAAUACUCAGAUUCUAAAGUCAGAGGAUCUAUAAAAGCCGUUGAAGACCUUCCUGGGGCUGUUGAAAAAGCCUGGUUGGUCAUCGAAGCAGUACCAGAGCAGCUCCCUAUCAAGAUUGCGACAUUUGCCGAUCUCGAACGGCUGACACCGGAGGACGCCAUUCUUUGCAGCAAUUCAUCAUCCUACAAAUCUAGAGAGAUGGUUGGAGAUCUUAGGCCCGAAACAAAGCGACGUGUCCUAAAUAUGCACUACUACAUCCCUCCGGAGUAUCGUGUCGUCGAACUCAUGACAGAUGGGGAGACGGAUGAGAGUAUCUUCCCGUUUCUGUAUAUGAAACUUGAGGAGAUAAAAUUCCACCCCUAUGUAGCUCGCAAAGAGUCGACUGGCUUCAUCUACAACCGUCUUUGGGCCGCCAUCAAGAGAGAAGUUUUGAAUAUUCUUGCUGAGGGGGUUUCCACCCCCGAGGAGAUCGAACGUCUCUGGAAGGAGAUGUGGUAUGCCAAAGAGAUGGGACCUGUGACUAUGAUGGAUGCAGUCGGUCUUGACACUGUGUCUUUUAUCGAACAGCACUAUAUCUCAGAGCGAGGUUUGCCAAAUACUCCUGUUGAGUUUCUUCAAAAAUACAUCGAUGAGGGCAAGCUUGGUGCAAAGUCGGAUAAGGGUGGAUUGUUACCUUGA